CCUCUCUUCCUCAUCGUCGCUUCAUCGUCAUCUCAUUGGUGUAUGCUCAUGCUCAUGCUCAUCUCCACUUUAUCUCGAUCUCCCUGACGGCGAACCAUGAUGCGGGUUUACGAGAAGUUGAACGAAUUUUACAGCAACAGAUGGCUGGUGUUCGUGUGCGCCAUGUGGAUCCAGUCCUGUGCCGGGGUGGGCUACUUGUUCGGCAGCAUCUCCCCCGUGAUCAAGAGCGCCAUGGGGUAUACCCAGCGAGAGGUGGCCAUUCUCGGGGUGGCCAAGGACUUGGGGGAUGCGAUUGGGUUCGUGGCUGGAGGUUUGUGUGAGGUGUUGCCGAUUUGGGCGAUAUUGGCCAUUGGGGUGGUUCAAAACUUUCUUGGGUAUGGCUUGCUCUGGCUCAUUGUCAUCGGUGUCUUGCCUUCUUUGCCUCUCUGGGUGCUCUGCAUCUGUGUAUUUGUGGGAACAAAUGGCGAGACCUACUUCAAUACAGCAGCUCUCGUUUCAUGUGUUCAGAACUUCCCCAAAAGUAGAGGUCCUGUUGUGGGGAUACUCAAGGGAUUUGCUGGGUUGAGUGGUGCGAUUUUGUCUCAGAUAUAUUUGAUGAUUAACGCCUCCAGUGAAGCAUCACUAAUUUUUAUGAUUGCGGUUGGGCCAUCAAUAGUUGUCAUUGCCCUGAUGUUCAUAGUUAGGCCCAUGGGAGGUCAUAAACAGAUUAGACCUUCUGAUAGUUUAAGCUUUUCAUUCAUCUACGGCAUCUGCCUCCUCCUGGCAGCUUAUAUAUUGGGGAUCUUGCUGGUCGAGGAUCUAGUUGAUAUCAGUCAAACUGUGAUCACCUUAUUUGUGGUGAUUCUUAUCAUUGUGGUGCUCCUACCCGUUACCAUACCUGUUCUGUUGGUUUUCUUCUCUGAGCCAAUUCCUUCAUCAGAGGAGAGCCUUCUUGCGGGGCAAGAGAAACCAGAAACCAGUAAAUCUGAGCAAGAUGGAAGUGAGGUCAUUCUAAGUGAGGUUGACGAAGAGAAACCUGAGGAAGUAGACCAGCUGCCAGCAUCAGAAAGGCAAAAACGAAUUGCUCAAUUGCAGGCAAAACUUUUCCAGGCAGCUGCGGAAGGAGCUGUGCGGGUAAAACGGAAGAAAGGCCCACGCAGAGGAGAGGAUUUCACCUUACUACAGGCACUCAUUAAGGCUGAUUUUUGGCUUAUCUUCUUGUCACUUGUACUGGCCUCUGGUUCUGGUGUGACUGUUAUUGAUAACCUUGGUCAGAUUUGUGAAUCACUUGGGUAUAAUGACUCAAGUAUAUUUGUUUCUAUGAUAAGCAUCUGGAACUUCCUUGGUCGAGUCGGUGGGGGCUACUUGUCUGAGAUCGUCGUAAGAAAAUUCUCCCUCCCACGACCAGUGGCUAUGGCUAUAUUCCAGGUUGUUAUGGCAAUUGGACUCUUUUACUAUGCUAUGGGUUUUCCUGGUGAGAUUUACGUUUUAACUGUGCUAAUAGGACUUGGAUAUGGUGCCCAGUGGGCAAUAGUGCCAGCUUCUGCAUCAGAGCUAUUCGGUUUGAAGAGUUUCGGGGCUUUGUAUAAUUUUUUUACUUUAGCAAGUCCUGCUGGUUCGCUAAUUUUCUCUGGGGUCAUUGCCAGCGGUAUAUAUGACUACUAUGCAGAAAAACAAGCUGCUCUUAGGAAGCUGGCUCUGGGAUCUAUGCCUCCGAUUUCUCUUCAGGAUGAUGACUCACUUACCUGCUCCGGAAACAUAUGUUACUCUCUCACGUUUGGCAUCUUGUCAGGACUUUGCAUUGUUGCAAUGGCCUUGAGCUCAAUUGUUGUUUAUCGGACGAAAAGCGUCUAUGCCCAACUUUAUGGAACUUCUCGCAGUUGAGUUUGUCCAUUUCUUGGCCACUCUCACUUAUUUUUGUGGAGGGUUCAUGUUCUUCGUUGAUGGAUAGAAGAAAGCUGGAGUUGUCAGUUCAAGUGCGUAUGCAUCGUUACGAUUCAUGGUUCUGCCACAGACCUUGCUGUUCCAAGUACAUUUUUUUUUCAGCUCUUUGAACUUCUGAGGCUUUCGGCUCACAUUGGGCUGAGAUUUGCUUGGUUUGGAUUGUAAUAAAAUAUUCUUUUGAGAUCAAUAAGAAUCGCUAAUUAGUUCAUGGACUAGAACGUAAGUUGAAGCAUUAUUUUCUGCCCUUUUAUCUGCAACAGGAGACUCCUCUGAAUCUUCUUGGAAAAUAGAUACCUUGUUAAAUUCUCCUUUAA